AAUGAAACUAUCGUCAAUUUGUGUUACCUUCCUGAUAAUAGGAUGAGUAAUAGCUGAAGAUGUAUUUAUGAUUAAUGAUGAAAUCAAUAUGACAGCAAAUCUUAAUACUGAAAAGACUUACUUCCAGAUCCAUAUUUCUAUGCCAACAGACCAUUAUGUGGGUAUCGGAUUUGGAGAGGAUAUGUUCAAUGUUCCAAUGGUGGUCGCCGAUGGGAUUACUCCUCCAUCAGAUGAGACUCCUAUCAUUCACGACUGUUUCUCUAUAGGACAUAAGCUCCCAGUAGAUAACACAGAGAAUGUAUAUAAUUUGAUUGAGCAUGAACUCGAAGAAAACCAAUGGAGCUUAACCUUCGAAAGGCCAAUCAAGCUUGAAAGAGAGGGAAGGGAUGAGACCAUGGAUAUUACAAAACCUAUGAUUAUGGUCUAUGGAUUCAGAGAUGAAGCUUACAAGUUCCAUGGCAAAGGAAAUAGAGGACUAUUUAAUAUGACAAUAGAUCCUUCCACUGGAAAAGCAUACUUCAAUGGAGGUAUUCCUGACGGCAAUAUUUAUUUCAAAGUUCAUGGAAUCUUAAUGUAUAUUGGCUGGAGUAUCAUGACCUUUAUCUCUAUUGUUUCUGGAAGAUAUAUGAAGCAUUACUAUAACUUCAGAAUGAUAAUUCAUGCUUCUGUAGGUCUUCUAAUUGCGGUAAACACUGUUGUAGUGAUCAUUUUUGCUUUAACAAAGUAUGGAUCCCCUGAUUCUUCUGCAAGAGUGGCUCAUAAGCCAAUUGGAAUCGCUAUCAUGGUCGUGUCAGUUGUACAGUGUCUCGGAGGAAUGACAGUUAAACAAGUUGCAGGAUCUAACUCAGUUCUAAGCAUUUGGGGAAAGAGAUCGAAAAUCGUUCAUCAAGUGGUUGGAUAUCUUCUUAUUAUUCUUUCUAAUCUCCAAGUUGCUACAGGAUUGGUAAAUUAUGAAUCCCCUGUCACAAACUUGAUAUAUCUGCACUUUGCAGUAUUUGUUCUUAUGCUUGGAAUACUUGAAGGGAUCUACAGAUAUAAGUUUCAGUAUAAGAAGAAAGGGGUUAUCAAAAAGAUGGGAGUUCCUGAAUAUUCUGAAUUUGAGUUUAACGAGAUGCUUAAUGAUGGCCAAAAACUCGUUUUAUUCAAUAACUUUAUCAUUGACGUCGAUUCAUUUCAGGAUCAACACCCAGGCACAGCAUAUGUUAUUUCAGAAAAUAUUGGGAAAGAUAUCGGGAAAUACUUAUAUGGUGCGUAUUCCAUGUCCCCUGAUAUUGCUCCAUACACGCACUCAAAUUAUGCAGCAAAUCUUCUGGAGAAGCUAAUUAUUGGAAAAAUCAAACCAAUUCUUACCAAAACUAAGAGGGGUAAUGGCAUAAACUUAAGUGGAACAAAAGAAGCAGAGAGUUUGCUUUCUUCUAAAAACAUCACGACUCACCAAUCUGAAAUAUUGAAUCCACUGCAGACUCAGGACUAUACAUUCAUCAUCAAAGAGAAAGAGAAGAUUGCUCCAGGCCUUGCCAGAGUGAUGUUCCAGAGUUUAGAUGCUAAUGUUAAGAAAUUCUAUCCUGGCCUGAAAUUGUCUGGGAAAAGUUGGUCUAUCACUUCGCUUCAAAAUUUCGUCAGCAGAUAUUAUACUAUUUGCAACUGUAUGGGAAGCCAGAUAUACGAUGAGUAUAUUAAAGCAAUAACUUGAACAGUAAAUGAAGAGAAAUACGACAGAAAGUACAAGAGUCUAGAAGAAUACAGAACCACUAAUGAUGAUACUCUUCAAGUAAUCAUGAAAUACUAUCCUCAGUCGAAAACCGGAAUAUCCAGCCAAGUUUUUAAUAAUGUAGAAGGAGACGAAUACUAUAUCCAUGGUCCAGUUGGGAAUGGAAUAGGGCUUGAUCAAUGGAACUCUGAAGGCAUCAAUCUAUUUUUCUGAGGAGGGACUGGUAUCUUGCCUUUCAUGGACCUCUUCGCUUUCAUGGCUAGAAGAAUCCUUUCAGAGGACGCACCAUCUAACGCUCUCUUCCCUGAUGAAGACUUCUAUCAUCUUUCAGAGAAAGCCAAGUUCGUUGUGUAUGCCUACUUCACGACCAGAGAAGACGCCAUCUGCCUCGAAAUCUUGGAAGCCAUCGAGAACCUGUACAAGAAGUUCAACAAAGGCCACAUCUUCAAAAUGAACCUGAUCUUCACCCAAGAAGGAGGCAGCAAGCUUGAAGACGACGAGUUGGUCGAACUCCUCAAAGACUACAAGUUCGCGAAUAACGGCAUCAACAAGCUAUUUGUGUGUGGGCCUCCGAGGAUGAACUACCAAUUCCAGAGGUUGCUUCCACAGUUAAAGGGAGAGGAGAUCGGACUAGCUCCGGGAGAUAUCGAUAUUUUAUAA